AUGUCUUCUGUGGUCUGGGGGAGUGCGCCCUGGUGGGGCCCUCCACCUCCAGCCCCAGCCCGGCCGCUCACGGACAUUGACUUCUGCUCUGGAGCGCAACUUCAGGAACUGACCCAGCUGAUCCAGGAGCUGGGAGUGCAGGAGAGCUGGAGUAACGGGCCCAAGUCGGGAUCAGACCUUAUCCAAGCCAAGGACUUUGUCUUCUCCUUGCUCAGUCUCAUUCACCGCCGGGACCCUCGCUUUCCUCCCCAGGCAGAACUCUUGCUGCUUCGUGGUGGGAUUCGCGAGGGUUCCCUGGACCUAGGGUCUGCACCCUUAGGUCCCUAUGCUCGGGGACCUCACUACGACGCUGGCUUCACGCUCCUGAUACCAGUGUUUUCGUUGGACAGCAUUGGGCCAGAGCUGCAAUUGGACCUGGAAUCCUGUUACGCAUGGCUCCACCUCCCAGAACUGGUGGGUGGAACUUUGGUCCAGGAGGCGUGGCGAGAUUGCCUGGGACCUCCAGUCCCAGAAGUUUGUGAUUGGAACCACGGAAACGAGAACAAAGGAAGUCCCAAGGAUCAGUCAAGCUCCGCGGAUCUACCGCAUGAUUACGUCACUAAGCCUGAGUCUCAGGUGCCUUUGGAAAAAUCUCUUAGUGACGUUUCAGAGCUUGAGUCGCCUCAGCAUGACGUAAUCGAUCCUGGUUUUCCGGCACCAUUGAAGACACAGAGUGCUGACGUCACCAAGCCUGCCGUCCAAAGCCUGGACCAGAAGCCGUCUGAGGCGCGGAAGGUGUGGCCCACAUUGUGUCCCGCCCAAGUGGCUGCCUGGUUCUUUGAUUCCCUGGCAGCGGUCGCCAAGGCCCUGAUCCCUGUCCCGGGUGCCCCGCGCCUGGUGCAUGCAGCCCGCCAUGCGGGGUUCACCACGGUCCUCCUGGCCACACCGGGUCCCCCGCGCCGCCUUCUGCUCUUCGACCUGAUUCCGGUGGUAUCUGUGGCCGGGUGGCCUGAAGGGGCUCGGAGCCACUCCUGGGCCGGUCCACUGGCCCCCAGGUCGGCCUCCUUCUACCUAGUGCCUGGAGGUGGCACAGAGAGACCCGGCACCUCCAGCUGGCAGCUCUGCUUUGCCCGCCAGGAGCUAGCGCUCAAAACGCGCAUACCAGAGCCGCUGCUGCAGGCGCACGCUGCAGCCCAAGCCCUUCUGCGCCCGCUGGUGGCUGGGACCCGAGCUGCGGCGCCCUACCUGCUGAGGACAUUGCUCUACUGGGCGUGCGAGCGACUGCCUGCUCUCUACCUGGCGAGGCCCGAGAACGCCGGCGCCUGCUGCCUUGGGUUGCUGGACGAGCUGGGCCGCGUGCUAGAGGCAGGGGCGCUGCCCCACUAUUUUCUGAGUGGUCGGAAGCUCCAGGCAGGAGACAGUGCCACCACACUACUGGGUGCAUUGACCCGGCUCCGAGGGGAGCCUGCCCAGGCCCUUCGCACUGCUGUGGAGGAGGCCAAGGCUGCACGAAAGGGGGGUGGUUUGGCCGGUGUGGGUAGUGGAUCCCAUUAA